UUGUAGCCGCCUCCGACAAAUUCAGAGCAUUCUGACUCAAAGCAGCAAAUCUCAACCAGAUGGAAUCCUGUGCAUUUUGGGAAUUGAUAGUCGAUACAACGAAGGCUGCCGCGAGCUGGCCAAUUACCUUCUCUUUGGCUUGUAUAACCAGAGCAACAAUGACUUUGAGAAAUCAGGAUAUCCAGAAGAAGUCCUUGAUGACGUGAUCCUACUGAUAAAGCCGGACAGCGUCCAUGUCUACUGCAACCCUGUGAACUAUAACUACCUUUUGCCAUACGUUGCAUUUUGGAGGAACCUGCACUUCCAUUGCCUGACUGAAAAUGAGUAUGAAGAUGAAGAGGCUGCCGAAGAGUUCAAAAUUUCCAGCUUCGUAGACAUGGUUCGUGACUGCAGUCGGAUCGGCAUUCCCUUUAGCUCACAAGGGCAUCUGCAGAUCUUUGACAUGUUUGUUGUCGAAAAGUGGCCGAUAGUGCAGGCUUUUGCCCUAGAAGGAAUAGGGGGAGAUGGCUUCUUUACGAUGAAAUACGAGUUAAUGGACGUCAGUGUGGAUCUGUGGAAAGCUUAUAGCAAAAUGGAUCCUGUUUCUUUGGAGAACUUGCUUUAUGAGAAUCUGAUGACUUUUGAACAUCAGUGGACCAACUUCUUUGCCAAUUUUGACACUGAAAUUCCUUUCAUCCUGGAGCUGUCAGAGUCUCAAGCGGGGGAGCCCUUUCGAAGUUACUUUAGUCAUGGGAUGAUCUCCAGCCAUAUAACAGACAACAGCCCGAGCAGGCAGCCCUUUGUGUUGUUUGGGACUCAUGCGUCCAAGGAGAACCUGAACUCUGGCAACUUCAACUUCCCCUCUGAAGGACAUCUCCUUCGCAACACAGGUCUCGGUGGGAGCACUGCCAAGCACAUGGUCGUGCAGUGCGUCUCUCCGAAGGGACCCCUGGCAUGCUCGAGGACGUAUUUCUUCGGAGCCACGCACACUCCUUACCUGGGCAAUGAUAACGAGGUGGAAAAGAAAGCCAAACAAGUGAAGCUGCUGUCUCAAAUCUAUGCUGCUGUCGUAGAGGCCGUCCUGGCUGGUAUAGACGCCUACUCAAAAACAUCCAGUAUCACCAAGGCAAAGGAGGGAGCAGAACAAACAUUCCUGACGAGGCUCGAUGCUUUUGAACUCACAUAUUUUAAAACUCCCUUGCGGUCCAGAACAGAUUUUCAAAUCCAAGCUGUGAACAGCCACGGAAGAAUCACUCCCCUGGAUAAUGAGGAUAGCUUGUACUUGGUGAAAACAGCCUCCAUGACUGUAUACGACAUCCCAGAUUUGCUGGGUGGAAGGGGCUGCUUGGGCUCGGUGGUCUUCUCAGAAUCCUUCCUGGCGUCACAGAUCCUCGUGAAGGAAAGAGACGAGAGCAUUAACACCGACACCAGUUACAUCAUUCUCACUGCGGCGAUCCCGAGAUCCGUUUCGUGGCUGGUUGAAGAUUACGAAGUGAAACUGUCUGAGAAGGCUCAGCAAAUCCUGAAGCAAGAAGAAUCUUUCCUGGGUACUCCUUUGACCGGAGGUGAGGGGGCCUAUAUUUCUUCUAGCAAUUCACUCUCCAGACCCGAGGAAGGUAAACUCUAUUUCUUCUCCGAAGGACUCCUGUUCAUCCACCCCCACUACGGAAGCAUUACGAUCUCUAAGUCCCACAUGACGUCCAUCCGAUUCUUUGACGGAGACUCCACCAGUGUGGUCGCUGCUCUCCUGAUAGAUUACAAAAGUUCCCUGCGGCCUCACCUGCCGGUCCAGCUCCAUACCCCGAGCAACUCCCUGAUGAUCGCCCUUUUCCCGAAGUCAAAGCUUUACAAAGCCUUCUACUCACAGGUUUUCUCUGUCUGGCAACAACGGGUGAAUUCAGGAAUAACUUUAAAGAUGACCCAAGAAGAUGGCCUGCCUAAGGAACACGAGAGAUUGCAUUCCACGAUGCAGAAACUGUUCAAUGUCUUGUCCUCUCCCCCUGGGGAAAAAUGGAGCCACCUAAGAAUAUCUACGAGCCUCCCAGAUCUGGACAGAUUCCUGCAACACUUCACCAUGAGCAGCGUAAGCCAUGAGCCGGUGCCGAGAGCUCAUCUCCCCGUAUUAUUGCAGCAGUCCAAAGUCAUUCCUGAGAAUGUGGCUGAGAAUGAUAAAGUGGUAAUCACUAUCUUAACGGGUCUUCCAGGAUGUCACUCAACUGAGCUAUCCUCUUUCCUAGUCACUUUCAACAAAGAAUAUGGAAGGUGGCUGGUUUAUCGCCAAACCAUGGACAGCCCUGAAUGUUUCAGCGCGGGUCACUUCCAGAAGUACCUGUCGAGUGUGCUUGAAUCCCAGCAUAACCGCGCUGCCCGGCUAACAGCUUAUAAGAAGAAGAAAAUGAGGCUGCUGCUGGUUCUGCAAGGAUACACGGAUGUCAUUGACGUUGUGCAGGCUCUUCAGACUCACCCCGAUGCGGACGUGAAGGCCUCUUUUAUCAUCGGAGCAGUUACAACUUGCGUUGAACCACUUAGUUGCUAUAUGGGGCACAGGUUCCUUUUUCCCAAGUUCCUGGACCAGUGUUCACAAGGUUUAGUGAGCAACGUGGCCUUCACAAGCCAUACCUCUGAACAGAGGAACCCACUUCUCAUUCAGCUUCAGAACCUCAUCCGAGCGGCAAACCCUGGCGUCUCAUUUAUCCUGGCCGAAAACGGGGUCGUGACAAGGAAUGAAGACAUUGAACUAAUCCUCUCUGAAAACAGCUUUUCAAACCCGCAGAUGCUGACAACUCGUUAUUUAAUGUAUCCUGGCUGGUUUGAUGGUAAAUUUAGAGCAGGUUCAGUCUUUCCUCCCAUGGUUCAGAUCUGUGUGUGGUUUAACCGUCCUUUGGAAAAAACACGAUUUGUGGCCAAGUGUAAAGCCAUGAAGUCCUCCAAUAAGCCAAGCCCUUUCUCUGGAAACAUAUACCAUAUUUUUGGGAGAGUGAAGUUUGCAGAUUCCGAUCGGCUGAUCAAGGUUUGCCACAACGCAGCUUCAAACACGUUAAGCCUGGUGCCUGUUCAGGAAGGGCCGACCCCGGCCCCUCCUGAUUCAAGAAACGACAGCCAAGAACACGGCGGAGCUGAGGAAUGCUACCUGGUGUUCGUUGGCUGCUCUCUCAAAGAAAGUGACAUGAAGGACUGGUUGAGACAAACAGCGAAGCAGAAACCGCAGAGAAAAGCGCUGAAAACCCGGGGCAUGCUGACCUUGCAAGAAAUUAAAAACAUUCACGUGAAACGCCACUUGGACCCCCUUCCCGCCGGCUACUUCUACAACGGGACACAGUUUGUGAAUUUCUUUGGAGACAAAAUGGAUUAUCACCCAUUAAUGGACCAGUUCAUGAAUGACUACCUGGAAGAGGCGAACCGAGAGAUUGAAAAGUACAACAGAGAACUGGAGGAGCAAGAGUACCAUGACCUAUUUGAGCAGAAGACCUAAGGAAAGCACCCUUCGGCAGAAUUAAAAAGUUAAAAAUUUUAAAUGGCAGUAACCAAGAAUGACUUACUAUCUUUCCUGGCUAACAAGGGUGUGGAAAAAUGAAAUCGUGUCUUUCAGAUAGCCAUUUCGUAUUAAGUCACCAUUCAUUUAAGCUUUGCAUCUCUUGAAAACAUUCUCAUAAUGAUCAUAGCAUUUCAGUAGCAGUGCGUUUCCACAUUAACGUUGCGUUGAUUGACCUAGAAUUCUUCUGCAUCUAAUGGAAAUACGUGGGAUUUCUUGUUGUAAUGAUUUACAAAGGCGUGUUUCUUAGGUUGUAAAUCUGGUUCUAAGAACGAUCAUUUUGGCUGUCCCAAGGUUACCCUUAUGUUCAGUUUUAGCAAGGGGGGAAAUAUUGAGUACUGUUGUGUUCUUACGUGUCAGCGUGCAACCCCGGUGUUCCUAAGCGAGAAAUGGGAAACUCUUCAUUACUACUCCAGACCAACGUGGUGGUUUUGGAAGAUGUUCCUAAAGCGAGAAAUGGGGGAACACGUUUUGCUCUUGAAGCCUUCUCCAGACCAACAUGGUGGUUUUGGAAGGUGUUCCCGAAGCGAGAAAUGGGGGAACACAUUUUGGUCUCGAAGCCUUCUCCAGACCAACAUGGUGGUUUUGGAAGGUGUUCCUAAAGCGAGAAAUUGGGGAACACGUUUUGCUCUCGAAGCGUUCUCCAGACCAACAUGGUGGUUUUGGAAGGUGUUCCUAAAGCGAGAAAUUGGGGAACACAUUUUGCUCUCGAAGCCUUCUCCAGAUCAACAUGGUGGUUUUGGAAGGUGUUCCUAAAGCGAGAAAUUGGGGAACACAUUUUGCUCUCGAAGCCUUCUCCAGAUCAACAUGGUGGUUUUGGAAGGUGUUCCUAAAGCGAGAAAUUGGGGAACACAUUUUGCUCUCGAAGCCUUCUCCAGAUCAACAUGGUGGUUUUGGAAGGUGUUCCUAAAGCGAGAAAUUGGGGAACACAUUUUGCUCUCGAAGCCUUCUCCAGAUCAACAUGGUGGUUUUGGAAGGUGUUCCUAAAGCGAGAAAUUGGGGAACACAUUUUGCUCUCGAAGCCUUCUCCAGAUCAACAUGGUGGUUUUGGAAGGUGUUCCUAAAGCGAGAAAUUGGGGAACACAUUUUGCUCUCGAAGCCUUCUCCAGAUCAACAUGGUGGUUUUGGAAGGUGUUCCUAAAGCGAGAAAUUGGGGAACACAUUUUGCUCUCGAAGCCUUCUCCAGAUCAACAUGGUGGUUUUGGAAGGUGUUCCUAAAGCGAGAAAUUGGGGAACACAUUUUGCUCUUGAAGCGUUCUCCAGACCAACAUGGUGGUUUUGGAAGGUGUUCCCGAAGCGAGAAAUGGGGGAACAAGUUUUGCUCUCGAAGCCUUCUCCAGACCAACAUGGUGGUUUUGGAAGGUGUUCCUAAAGCGAGAAAUUGGGGAACACAUUUUGCUCUCGAAGCCUUCUCCAGAUCAACAUGGUGGUUUUGGAAGGUGUUCCUGAAGCGAGAAAUGGGGGAACAUGUUUUGGUCUCGAAGGAUUCUCCAGACCAACAUGGUGGUUUUGGAAGGUGUUCCCGAAGCGAGAAAUGGGGGAACACGUUUUGCUUUCGAAGGCUUCUCCAAACCCACAUUUUUGGAAUGGAGAAAUGGGGGAAACACAUUUUCUUUUGAGCUCUGCUUCAAACCAACAUGGUAAUAUUGAAGGGUUUCUGAAGCUGGAACUCAUCUGGUUUUCACUGUUAUUUGUUACCAGCUUGAGAGUUUGAUUUGGGUUCCUAGAGUCACAAACGUGGAACACGCAUCCCAUUCAGCGUUACUUUUGCCAGCAGGAUGGGAUCAGAGUGUCUCAAAUAAGAAUUAACAGGAUACUCUCUCCAGCCUUGGUCAGUUGCUGUCUGCGUUAUGUUUUGAAUGUGGUACAUUCGUUAAAUUGUUAUUAACUGUAUCCUGUCCUUAUAUUUCAUGUCUGGAGAAAGGUCAGGGCUGAUGUUGGCUGUGACUGAGCAGGGUUACCUAGCACCACUUUUUCUGCCCCUUAGUAAUUUGAGCAAUGAGACCUGGUGCAGUUCUCAUAAAUUAAGAAACCGGACUGCUCAAUGUAUUAAAAGGCUCUUGUUCAAGGCCUGCAGAAUUUGGAAGCCCAAGAUUUCAUUUCUGGCCAGUGGUGUCUUAACUCACCCUGGAGAAGUACCCAAGGAACAAAAACGUCUGAAUGGAUUUGUGAUUCACAUUUCAGGUCCAUCAUUAACAACAAGAACAACAACAACAACAA